AUGCUGAACUGGCAUUCGACCUCAGGAAACGGAAAUCCCGAUUAUUCUUCUGAUGCAUCAUCGACGUCCACCCUCCCUUCGCGCAUACUAGCGACUCCCCGAGGAUCCUCUUCCACUCGCACCGCUCGGUUUCGAACUAUCAGCCCUGAGCCUCGCGAACAACUCCAACCGCUCGCUAGUGAAGCAAAAUCUGGCGCAUCGAGUGCGCGAGCGACGGCAUCUACGCACAAACGAAAAUCGAACACACCACGUCCCAUAAAGUAUCAGACGAGUCGAGGGGAGCGACGUGAAUAUCUUCGUCGUCAGAUCAAGAAAGCUCAGGUCACCCGGGCUCGGGCUACUACCAGUAACACCGCCGCGCCGCGACGCGAACGAACUCCAGUCGUAGAACCAUUCGUGGGCUGCCAAGCUCCCACUUCCAAAGCCGAAAAUGUCUCCAGAGCGAGCUUGCCGAAAAUACUGGCAGCUCCUCCGGUUCAUCCGGUGGCGGUUGCACCAGCGCCAUUCCCAUUCGUUGUUACUGGAGACACAGGCGUCGACGUGUCGAACUUGAGGAACAUGAAGCGCACGCAGAUCGACAAGAAGAGAGCGUAUAUAAAGCAGUUGAACGGAGAAGCAGAACAGAUUCAGGAGACCGUGAAGAGGCUGGAAGGAAUGGCGGAAGCGGCGAAGAAGGAAUCUGAAGAAGCGAGUGGAAAGGCGAAGGAAAUAGAAAAGAAGGUGUAUGGGAUGGAGGAAAAGAUCCUGGAUGAUAUCAAGUAUCGACGGGACCAAAAUACUCAUAGUCAUGAGGCGAGGAAGGGAAGGGAACUGGUUCAAAAUGCGACGGAGAACAUGAAGGAGAUCAGCAGGUUGAUGGACGUGGCGAAGAUGGCGGAGUUCAGGAAAACAAGCCUGUGGAACCACGUGAACGACCACAGACGACUGGUAACGAAGAGGUGGGAAGUGAUGGGAAAGACCAUGGAGGAAAUCGGGCGUCUUUGGACCGAGUUGGAGAGAAUUUGAGAGCUGUUUUGAGACGGCGAGGCGAGGUAGAUGACCGGACGAGAUACAGUACUUAUUACUACUGCUCCUACUCUUUCGAAGCGACUUUCUUGAUCUUCUUGCCCAGUAGUAUUGGAAGUUUAUAUACGCAAGGACUAUACUCAUAGCGUAAUUGAUAGCACAUUUGUACUACAUAGCAAUGUCUUUAGUAGACCAAACGCCUGAACUG